AUGAGCUCUCCGGAUGACUACCGUGGACCUAAAUUCGUUGGGAUCAUGGGCCACGACAAUGUAAGCCAUAAUGGCAGCAAGACCACUGUCUACUUUGUGCAAGUCCAGUUGCCUGAGGGCAUGUUCAUGGUCAAGCACCGCUAUCACGAAUUCAAAGACUUUUACGACAAGCUAUCGAGUGAGGGUUAUCGCUGCCCAGCUUUACCACCCAAGAAGUUUCUGGGCUCAUUUAACAAGGAAUUUAUCGAAAAGCGUCAGCAGGAACUGGCCAAUUGGUUACAUCUACUAUGUCAGUAUGAUCCAGCGUCGGGCAACUCGGACCCACGCACUUCAGAGCUUUUCAUGGAAUUUAUGCUUACGAAUAAAGAACCCGUGGAGAAAUAUCAAGGACCCACAACCAUUUCGUACGAUGCUACGCCUCCUGUGUCACAGUCUGCAGAAGAUGAAACGAGUAUGUAUAACACACCCAAGACUUCUCUGGACGACUUUGAAUUACUUAAGGUGAUUGGUAAGGGAUCGUACGGCAAGGUUACGCUCGUUCGCAAGAAGGAAGGCAAGCGUUUAUUUGCUAUGAAGUCGCUUAACAAGUCCAACGUCAAACGCCGCAACCAGGUAGAACACACACGCACAGAGCGACGUGUACUGGGUCGAGCCAAGCAUCCAUUUAUUGUGCACCUUCACUACGCCUUCCAGACGUCACAGAAACUUUACUUUGUGCUAGACUAUUGCCCCGGAGGUGAACUCUUCUUCCAUCUUUCGCGAAUGGAGAAGUUUGAGCCGAGCAUGGCUCGAUACUACUGUGCUGAAAUCACUCUGGCGCUAGAACAUCUGCACGACCUAGGCGUUGUGUACCGAGACUUGAAGCCAGAAAACAUUCUGUUUGACCCUGUUGGUCAUGUUCUGCUGGCCGACUUCGGACUUGCCAAGGAGGGAAUUACUGAUGGCGCUGAAGGCACCAACUCGAUGUGUGGAACGCCCGAAUACUUGCCACCAGAGAUUCUAGACCGUGUUGGACACGGCACGGCCGUUGAUUGGUGGGCGAUGGGCAUGGUGCUUUACGAGAUGCUGACGGGCUUACCGCCGUGGUAUACUCGCAACCGUCAGAAACUCUUUGAUCGUGUGCGCAAUGCUCCACUCACAUUUCCAGAUGAUGUGGACCCUGUGGCUCAAGACUUUAUCAGUGGUCUUUUACGACGUGAUCCGAACAAGCGCCUAGGAAGCAAAAGUGCAGAUGAGGUGAAAAAUCAUCCGUACUUCAGCGGCAUGAACUGGCAAGACUUGUACGACCGCAAAAUUCCACCACCAUUCAAUCCGUGUGCUGCUGCUGGUAAUGCUGAGGAGACAAAAAAUUUUGAAGCAGAAUUUACCAAGAUGCAGAUCCACAGCGUGGAGAACUCGGCUCUCGCAGGUGUUCGCGUGUCAGACGCCUCGCGUCCGUCUAUGACGUUCCAGGGCUUCACGUACAAUACUCCAAACGAUUUGUCCAUGAGCGGCUCAGUUGGCCGAAGUUAA